AACGAAACCAAGUCAAGGCCAUGUCCACCGAAGGUGCCCAGCGGGCGACGACCCAGGUCGUCAUCCUCGGCGCAGGCGUCAUCGGCCUCACCGUCGCCCACGUCCUGUCCAAGGAUGCGCGGUACAAGAUUAAGAUCGUGGCUCGGGACAUGCCCGACGACCUGGACUCCCAGGCGUUCGCGUCCCCUUGGGCGGGCGCGAACUGGUCCCCGAUGGGCGAAUACAACGCACGCAUCUACAAGUGGGAGAAGACGACCUUUGACAAACUUUGGGAGAUGAUUCCCGCCGGGCUGGCCAUCGCAUCUCCGUCGCGGGUCUUUUACGACGCAGGCGCGGACUUGGACGCGCUGUGGUACAAGACCCUCGUGCGAGACUUCCGGAUCUUGCGCAAGGAUGAACUCCCUGACGGCACGCACGCCGGCGUCGGCUUCCAAACUGUCUCCGUAUGGCCGCAGGCAUACCUCCCAUGGCUCAAGUCAGAGCUUGAAGCGCGUGAUGUCGAGUUCGUCCGAAAACGCGUCGCCACGCUCGGCGAAGCCGCCGCGCUCGCGGGCCCUAACGGCGUGCUUGUCAACGCGACUGGGCUGGGUGCGCGGUCCUUGAUCGGCCUGGAGGAUAAGGACGUGUACCCCAUCCGCGGGCAGACGAUCGUGAUCUCCAACCCGAACGUGCGCGAGUUCAUGUGCACCGAGCUCACGAGCGCGGAGGAUGGGAACGCGACGUAUAUCAUCCCGCGCCCGGCCCCAGGCGGGUGGACGACGAUCCUCGGGGGCAAGUACCAGAAGGACAACUGGGACACGUCCUUCAGUGCCGCCGACGCGCAGGGCAUCCUCGACCGCUGCGCGGCGCUCGCGCCCGCAAUCAAGGACCCCGAGACGCGCAUCUUGCGGCACAACGUGGGCCUGCGCCCUGCGCGCCGCGGGGGCCCGCGCGUGGAGGCGGAGAAGCUCAACCUGCCGCUGAAGAACCAGUGGCUCGUGGAGGAGCUGCCGGAGGAGAAGGGCGCGGUCCUGCUGGUGCAUGCGUACGGCUUUGGUCCGGCCGGGUACCAGAUGUCUUGGGGUGCUGCAGAGGAAGUUGGCCAUCUGGUCGACUCGCAUAUCAACCCGAACAAGGCGUGAAGACGGAUGUGUACAUUAUCAAGGAAGAUCAAGGAAGUAGCGGAAUGUGUACUUAUACUGAAUUACUGUGGAAUGUAGUUCGGGAUACAACUACACAGACAGCGAAGCGUG